UUAUUUAAAACUGUUGCAUAAAAUUUAUAAAAUUAUGAGUAACAAACAACAAUAUUCUCAAAUUUAUGGCAAAGAAUAAAUUACUUGUGAAUUACAGUCAGGCGCACAGAACCCCAGUUUUUCCACUUAAUGGUGACAGAUAACGACAUAACGAGAUAUGUUUGUUUAUUAGUAAUUUUAGGGUAGUGCUUUAUGAGAUAUUUUAAAUUAUGCACAGGACUAGAUAGCUAAUGAAGCACACUUAUAAAAAUGUAUAUAUCUAUAAUUUUCGGUCUUUUAUGUUUUGUUUCCACCGGUUUAACCUACAAUAGUGAUAGAUUCACUGAAGAAUUACUCAUUAAACCCUUGUACAGUGAACAAUUAUAUGCCCACUUUCAAUUUUCUUUAAAAUGGGACGUGAAUCCAGAUGAGGAACAAUUUAAACACACACACCUGUUCCCGAGAGCUUUGGGUGAAAUCUUGGAGAGAUACAAUGUACAGGAACUACAUGUUAGCUUAACAAAUGGGGUGUGGAGAUAUGAACACUGGGGAUAUCCUGUAGUGGAUGGUGCCCCCGGCACUGAACUGUGGGCCUGGUUCAAACCUGAUACCCAAGAUGUGGACAAAAACUGGAAACUGUUGGCCAACUCUUUAUCUGGAUUGCUCUGUGCCUCAUUGAAUUUUGUUGAUUCUUCCAACUCUAUUAGCCCUGAAUACACCUUCAAACCCAGGGGUGUGACCCACUUGCAAAAUAUCAAUAACACAUUUUUAAGAUACUCCUCACUGCCUCGUGAAAUUGUUUGCACCGAAAACUUAACACCAUGGAAGAAACUGUUGCCGUGCGAUUCGACGUCCGGCUUAGCCUCGCUUUUGAACUCAGGUCACAUACACAAUACUCGUUAUCAUUCCAUAGGUUUACACGUCCGACCGAUUUGCCGGGACGACUCCUGCCAACAAGCAUCUUUGGAAUUGCAACAGACUGUUUCUUUGGUUUAUGAUUAUAAAAUCCUUGGAACCAAGGACUGGUCCUUGAAGAAGUUAUUCGGUCAGGGGGUCAAUGGUAGAUGUGAUUUGGCUGAUGAAAGUAACAUUUACGUCGACAUAACUAGUGGGGAAAGUAACCCAUUCAAUUUGGACCCUGGUCCAGAUGAAGUGGUUACUUCAAUUAGGGGGGGUCAUGUCAGUACCUUAGCAAAGUAUGUGGUUCCUAACUAUUUUAUGAGCGUCCAUGCUGUUUCUAAGGCAAGGAAUUUGGCUGUUAAGGCGCCACCUUCGUUGCACGCGAACCAAUACGUUACGGGAUACGGACAGGAAAGAGGAGGAAUUGUCACCAAAGUAUACAACAAUCACUGGAGUACUCUGGAUGUGGUAAUACUACAAAACAUUCCAUGGUAUGUGCCCAUAUAUUUGCACACGUUGAAAAUUGUCACCAACGACAAGGAGGUACAACCUGUGGCUCUACGUUACAUUCCCGGCAUACAACGUACGAGGCCGUUUUAUCUAGAAGUUCUAGUGCGUUUGCCGCCACGCUCCGUCACCUCAGUCUCUCUGGACUUCGAUUACGUGUUCCUCAAAUGGCAGGAGUACCCUCCGGACGCAAAUCAUGGUUUUUACAUAGGGUCGGCCGUCGUAUCCAGUUACUUACCUCUAGCUAGAAAUUUUACGGCCCUUCCUCAAGACGGCAGCACGAUCAAAGAUAGUUUUAACGCAUCACGUAGCGGUUAUCUAGUCCAGAUCCGGACUGAGAACAUGGUUAUUACUUUGCCAACUCCGGAUUUCAGUAUGCCAUAUAACGUUAUUUGUUUGGCUUGCACCGUUGUUGCUUUGGCGUUUGGACCGCUACAUAACAUUACUACAAAGAGGUUGUUGUUAAAGGAUAAGAACAAACAAACUUUACUUACUAGGAUUAAGCAGAAAAUACGUAGCAAAUUCAUAGGAUCAAAUAGUGUAACCAAAGAAGAAACUGAUGAAAUAAAGUAAUAAGUUUGUUAGCUUAUUUUUUAAAUAAACUUUUAUUACAAA